AUGACAGACACCAAUAGCGAGUCCAGUAAGUGUCUUGAAAAGUACGAAAAUGUUACGACAAGCGACAAGCGGGAUUUGAAACUAAAAGAAGCGGAAAAAACCAUCGCCAACAAAGACGUAAUUAUUAAGAUGCUCAAACAGCAUGUAAAAAAAUUGGAAGAGUCGUAUAAACAAAAUUUGAAGGAGACUGAAGAUUUUCGGUACAAGUUUUGCCUGGCGUCUGAACAGGUCAAAAAGUUGCGGGCAAGCCCGAUCAAACAGAAGGAAAAAGAGCUCAAGGAACUGAAGGGCGAUUUAUCGAAAUGGAAAGAACAAUGUGAUGAGUAUGUUCUGUGUAAAGAUCGGUGUCCUGGCUACAGUUCGCGCUGUAGCUUCAUGCAAAAAAUGAAGAAUGUUGAAAAAUUUAUGCGGGCGCAUUACGAACUUUUGGAAUCUCUUGUUGACCGAAUAUCGACCAAUAACGGCGCCACUCAAGUGGACUCGGACGCUAUAGAAAGCAUCAAAACGAGCUACAAUAAGCAAAUAACGACACUACAACAAGAAAUCGUCCGUCUGAAAGAAGAACUAGCCAAAGUGCAAGACAGUGCUUCAGUGAAUAACGACGAACCUUUCGUUGAGAUAAAAGACAGUCUUUUGCGAGCGUACAAGAAGAGCAAUUGCGAGUUACAGAAAAAAGUCAGUCAGUUAAUAGAAAAAGUUCCUGGCGGCGUCACCGCCCUAACAUCACAAGAAGAAGACGAACGAGAGUCUGGCGAACGAAAAGUCAGUUUUUCCAAUAAGCAAAAUUCGUUAAGUUUCGACCUCGGCCCCAAAAACAAGGACGAACUCCACGCCAAAUUGAAGAAAAACGUUGAAGCCAUUAAGGAAAACGGAAAAUCAACGGAAAAUAAAUGCUGCGGUUGUUCCACACAAGACGUUCAAGUGCAAACUCCGCCAAAAGUGGUGGAAAAAACAAGCAGUGCUCGAGUCGUUAAAAAAGUUGAUGUGAAAAAUGAAAUUAAUGACGAUCGAUAUUCGGUGCUAAACCCUACCUUUACACGAGAAUCAACCGAAGAAAAACUCAUUGCUGCCACAACUACGUACAGUGAUCCUGAUGCGAAAGCAACGAAAAUAUCAAUCACUGAAAAACCGAGCGUGAUGGAGUGCGAAAAUGACGACGAUGAGAGUUUUGAAAGUGCAACAGAAUCCACUUUUUACAGCCACAGUUUCAAUCGAAUGAAAACCCCCAGCAUGUUCUCAGCUGGGAUAACAGCGGCCGGCAGCAGAGAAAAAAUAACAGAAGAAAACAACAGUUCUGAAGAAAAUAAACAGUGUGAUUGUUCGUAUGAAGUCGUUGCAGCUCAAAACCAAAAGUCCGACCAAAAUAACGAAUUAAAUGACUUGACCGAGAAACUGAACGAAAUUCGGGACAAAAUUGGUAAUUUACUCGAAACACAAUCACAUGCGUGUAAGGAACUGGAGAUUUUGAAAAACGAAAUGACUGUAACACGCGACUCGACCCAAACUUGCACCGAAAACGUCUCAAAAUUGAAGGAGACGAUCGACGAACAAAAAGAAACUUUUCUGAAUAAUUUCCAAGAACAAAAAAUUGUUACUGAUUCUUUGGCCCAGAAAAACGAUAAGAUCCAGCACGAACUCGCAGAGCUUAAAUCAAAUGUGGAAGUUUUGUUCCAAAAUAUGGACGAAUUGAGAACUACGUGUAAAGCGGAGAAAAUAAUUGUUGAAGAGAAUUUUGAAGUCCAGAAAUCUGCCCCGGAAUCGAACCACUUGGACCAGCUUGAGAAAGAAUAUGCCGAUUUAAAGAAACAAUCAAAGGCGAAAGACGAGAAAAUCAAGUGCAUUGACGCUUUGAUUUCGUACUACAGUAACGCAAGUAAGAAACUGUCUUCAAUGUGCCCCCAACAGCCCUCUGGCGACCUCCAGAAACAAAUCGACGAGCACCUUAAAUCGUGCCAAUACGGCGACGAUGAAGUGCACGAUUACAUCGAAAAAGUCCGUGGGGAAAAUCUCAAACUCAAAACAACAAUAAGUUCGGUCAUUGACCACUUGAAUAAAAAAAUCAACGAAAUCAAAGGCAUCAAAGACGAAAACACGAGCAGUUUUUGCAUGUGCAUUCAGCACCACUUGACUAGCGAAUUCUCGAACGAAUGUGGCGGUUAUCAGAGCGAUAUCUCAAGUUUAAGUUGUGGCACGGAAGCCGGUACUAAACCACCGAAAAAUAAAUGCACUGAGUUAGAAAUUGAAGAGAUUUACAAUGUGGUGCGUAACACAUUCGUACCCAGCACCGCCCAAACCAACGACUCGUCUACGUCUUGUGUGUGUGCCAAAAACCAGAAAUCUCCGUUUCCUUGUUGUUGCAGUGAUUGUUUAAAAUCCGAGGUGAAUAUUGAGGACGUUUAUCGGUCCGUUUUGUGUUUGUGUGCUAAUAAGGAUAAACCGGCAACGGCUGAAGAAAAUGACGAAAAAAACACAGGCAGUAAGGAACUGUGCGUUCCUGAAACUUGCGGAAAAUCGGUGACGUGCGACUUUGGCAGUGACUACUCGUUAAUGAAUGACUUGCAGACUUAUGUAAAUUAUUUGUAUCAGCAACUGAACAUAAUUACGAACAUUGAGACCAGAAUCGAAGACUUGCGCAACGACAUUCAGACUCCGUAACGUAAAUUUGCUAUAUUUUGUCCAAUAAUAAUAAAAUACAUCGACUAUC